CGCCCACUGUGAGGUGCGGCGCUCCAGAAUGAUACAGACCAGAGGGGUCGGUGUUCAGCAAUGAAUCCCACUAACUUCUUCCCAUCCCUUCAUUAAGUGCUCCUUCAGCCAUGCCUGUGACAUCUCAGCUGCUCAGGGGUCUGCCCCGGGCCAAGGUCCUGGCAUCCAGGGUGUUACCAUGCCAACACCACCAGUCCCGGUUAGGAACCACUUCUCACAGACCUGCCUCAAAACGGCCCUCUCACUUAUGGCAGAGCCACCACCACUUAAGAAGUUACCACACAGCCUCGGUGCUCCACAGCUACAUCCUCACACCCCCACAGGUCAACUCCAUUCUGAAGGCCAACGAGUACAGCUUCAAGGUGCCAGAGUUUGAUGGGAAGAACGUGUCAUCAGUGAUAGGUUUUGAGAGCAAUCAGCUUCCAGCAAAUGCUCCUAUAGAAGACCGACGGAGUGCAGCCACAUGCCUGCAGACACGAGGAAUGCUGCUGGGUGUGUUUGAUGGCCAUGCUGGCUGUGCCUGUGCACAGGCUCUGAGUGAGAGGUUGUUUUACUACAUAGCUGUGUCUCUGCUGCCCCACAACACACUGUGUGAGCUUGAGGCAGCAGUGGAGGCCGGCAGGGCACUCAGUCCAAUCCUUCAGUGGCACAAACACCCCAACGACUACUUCAGCAGGGAGGCUCAGACGCUCUACUUCAACAGCCUCCGGACGUACUGGCAAGAGUUAAUAGAUCUCACCAGCCCAGGUGAAGUCCCAGACACCCGUGAGGCCUUACUGAACGCCUUCAAGAGGCUGGAUAAUGAUAUUUCUCUGGAGGCUCAGGUUGGUGACCCCAGUGCCUUCCUGCACUACUGGGUUCUGAGAGUGGCUUUUUCUGGAGCAACGGCCUGUGUGGCUCACAUCGAUGGACAAGACCUGUAUAUAGCCAAUGCAGGGGAUGCUCGGGCAGUGUUGGGGGUCCAGGAGGAGGACGGUUCAUUCAGCGCUUACACUCUAUCUAAUGACCACAAUGCUCAGAAUGACGAGGAGGUGGCUCGGAUACGGGGAGAGCACCCUCCAUCAGAGAGGAAGACGGUUAUCCGACAGGACCGCUUGCUUGGCCUCCUCAUGCCAUUUCGUGCAUUUGGGGAUGUGAAGUUUAAGUGGAGUAUCGAGCUGCAGAAGCGGGUGUUAGAGUCUGGACCUGAUCAGCUCCAUGAGAAUGAGCACACCAAGUUUAUCCCUCCAAACUACCACACACCACCCUAUCUGACCGCUGAGCCUGAGAUCACAUACCACAAACUACGGCCACAGGAUCGCUUCCUGGUGAUUGGCUCUGACGGCCUCUGGGAGACUCUCCACAGACAGGAAGUGGUUCGUGUCGUGGGCGAGUAUUUGACAGGCGUGCACCAGCGUCAGCCCCUCAAAGUCGGAGGCUACAGGGUCACCCUGGGACAGAUGCAGGGGCUGCUUGAAGAGAGAAAGGCACGUAUAUCGUCAGCAUUUGAGGAUCAGAACUCAGCGACUCACCUGAUGCGCCACGCAGUGGGAAACAACGAGUUUGGCACGGUCGACCACGAGAGGCUGUCAAAAAUGCUGUCACUGCCUGAGGAGCUGGCUCGCAUGUACCGUGAUGACAUCACUAUCAUCAUCUCUCAGUUUAACCCUCAUGUGAUUGGAGCACAGAGGGAGUCCUGAGAUGAAGACGGCUAUUUACUGCUACAACACUCAGGCAUUCACAAACACACUUGUUUAUCAGUGUAUUAUAUAUGUACACAUAAGCACACUCUGUGGACAAAGAGGAUAUUUAAGAAAAAACAUCUGUCCAGCAGUCUGAAUGAAUUGUUUUAACUCUAUUUAUGGAAGUUAUUUGUAUGUUUGUAAGCAGUCAUACAGAAGAGCUUGUUUCCUAAACAGGAGGGAAGUCUUUGAUAAAACAACACAUCAUUUAUGCGUCAGAUUUCCUCUGGUCACUGUUUCAUACCCACUUCUCUGCGUGCCGGUUUAAACGCUGUUACAGACUUUGUGCCAAAAGAUCCAACCCUGUCGUGAGCUGACUAAUAGGGUUGAAUUCAAGAAAUUCCAAAGAGAGUGAAGGUUUUUCACAGGAAGAGGUCUCUGUGGACGCCGCACUAGCUCAACGCCUUUUGUACAGACUCUAACCGGGCUGUCCUUAUAAACUAACCUCUCUCUUGUCAUGUUUCCCUCCAUGGCUUUAAAGCUGAUCCUACAACACACUAGGCAACUGUUAUUCACUGUACAUGUCAGUCCAUUAUUACUGUUCAAACACACAUGUUGUUCUGUAUUUACACUGCAGCCUGUCAAUAUUUGGAUGAUGAUGUUUACUCCAGCAUCAAGUUUAAAUGCUAACUUUUAGCUAUUAAAGGGCAUCUGUUUCAGGAAAAUUAAACCUCAAAGUAAAGUGGUAUCUGAUCUGGGGAAGUCCAAAUUCAGUCUCUUCUGAUUGUGUCAGAAAGAAGAAGAAAAAUCUGUUACAGAAUAAUAAUAUCUGUGUGUUUUUUUCUAUGAAUAAACACCAGUUGCUUUUACUCUGAUGAUAUUUACGAUAUCAAAAGUGACGCUUCUUCCUUUUAAGGGUCAAAAGCCAAAAAACAGAGGUUUUGUUUUUCUUCCAGACCUUAAAUGCCGGAGAACCGAGCCAAAACAUACCUUUCCAAAUAUUUUAAAGACUGCACUGUCAAAUAUGUGAACAAAUGUGUGAAGACUUGCACUUUUAAUAUUUUUGUAAGUCUGCAUGCUUUUUAUUUAUUAAACUUCCUAACAGACACAUCAACUACAAUUAGAAACAGACAUCACAUCUGGUUACAGCUGUGUUGAAGUAAAGCAUACAUAUCCAAAUUUUAAGGCUGAAAGGGACACUUUUGGGUAAAUUAUCUUGCCUUAUUUUUUUUCCUGACAGGUCAUUAGAUAGCCAUGUUGGUUUCACAUUUUAUUAUUCAUGACAGUAACAGUAAAAGCAUAGACGGUAUAUUCCUGGUUCUUUCUAGUGAAAUACUAAUAACUGAGGUUGUGUCUGCAUUUUUAAAUGUAACCAAGCCCAAAUUAAUGACCAGAAUGUAAAUUUGAAAGCUGUUUGAAUAUUUAGAUAAUUUAUUCAGCUUUUACAGUAUGUUACACAUCUUUAUCUACGGUUGUAUAAAAUUGUAACUUAUGUGGGUUAAGUUUUAUAUAUGGAAUGGAUUAAUAAAACACUGAAUAUGCA